AUGUCGAACUCGUCCGGUGCUAUCCCAAUACUUCCACUAAACAACAUGCAGUUACACAACAACAUUGCUCGCCAAACUCCAACUGCCCCUUAUAAGCCGCAAUUGCAUCCUAACAUAUACGAAAGGAUUUCAACUGCCAAGAAAGCAGCCGGCUUAGAGGAGGAUAAUUUCUAUACUGACGAAGAUGUCGUGAACUACUCUCCUCGUGGCUGGCCCAAGAUUGCGUCGCAGCAGACGUAUUUCGGCAACCAUAACAGCCAUAGGGGCUUCGACCCCCUGACGCACUACCUACUCACGUCUUACGAACUAAAGCUCUCUGUCGUCGAGGACGAACUAGACGAGAUGAACUGCGAGGACGAAAAGGAGGGUGGAAAGCCCCUAUGGUCGCUCCCUUUUGACCGCGAGAAAUUCGUUACCCGUUGCCGUCAAGGGGUCGGACAUCUGCCUCCGCAGUAUUCGGGGUCAAACCUGGGUGAGAUCGAUCGUGCGACGCAGAGAGAGAAUAUGAUUACGAGCGCUAGGAUUUUACUCGGAGAAUACCUACAGCUUCUUCUCCUGCAGCGCGAUAUCAAGAGACUUCCGCGCGUGUCUCGGAGCGCGCACGAGGCGCACUUUGAAAUGACACGGCGCGAUCAGGGACUUAACGACCAGGCGUGCGCGUUUAUGCGCUACGUCGACGACUUCAAACCACUAAAGCAUCUCUGUUGCCUUUUCAGCCGCUCUACUCUUCCUUCCUCCAUCCCUCCUGACGGCCCACACAUGACCUAUAGCUUGCGGCCCUCUCGGUUAUUCCUCAAAGUCCUUCUUGCCAUUGGCAGUCUGUCACUUUCGCUAUUGCCUAUCGCGCUCCUGUUUCUAGAGACGAACUGGUCGCGCGGGGGGUAUUUGACCGUUGUCGCCGUUUCCUCCGUCAUUUUUGCUCUCGUCAUACUAGCCUUUGAACCCCGUACGGUGCCUAUGCUCAUCAGUCUUAAUGCAUACUUCGCCGUGCUCUCCACGUGCCUACCAAACUUACCUAUGUAG